CGCAUUCAGAUACGCUGCUUCCUCUUUUGCUCUCAGUACAAACACAAGUGGCAUCUAUUUCAGCGUGCGCUAUAGCUUAAGGAAUCCCAUGAGGAAUUCACUCCGGGAGCAGGAGAUGAGCGUGACGGAUAGCUGUGUGAUUUAGUGCCGACGACUCUUUUUUUGCAUCAGAAAGAUUCCCAAAUCCAGCAGAUAUGUCUGGGAUGGAUGGGACUGUGGAGGAGAUAAAUGGUACGGAAGUGGACAGCGAGAGUUUCCUGAGGUUCAGCCCUACAUCUGUUUCUACCGGGGCGGCCGCUGCCUCAUACGGACGGACUGCGAAUGUUUACGUCUACGUCUCCAUCUUCCUCAGCUUGCUGCUCUUCCUGCUUACCCUGCUGAUCAUUGCUCUCCACAGGCUGAAGAACAUCAUAUCCUCCAGCUCUUCAUACCCAGAAUGCGGCAGUGAGGCCGGGAGCUCCUUCACUAACAUGGAGAUCUGCAGCAUCUCCUCACAGAGAUCAACAGUGUCAUCGCUGUCCUGACAGAUCGAUUACACAUGUCUGAAUGUACUGAUAUUCUAGAAGUUUAGAAAUAUUUUAGCAAGUACUUUGGUAUAUAUAAUUAAACAUUUAUCAUUAUUAUCAGCGUCAUUUUCAUUAACAUUAUUUAGAGUAAAUAACUCCACCAACCGUGUAUGACUUCAAAUAAAUAAACCACAGCAGAUCCUGCAUUGACAUAGACAGUACCGAAACAUGAUCAUGAAGGUUUUGUAUGAUUCUGGAAAAAUAUGAAUGACUGUAUGUCAAUCACAUUAUGUACAUAAUGAACUGUAAAUAGAAAAACUGUCAUACUGAAAAUUAUAGUUGACAAUAUGACUACAUUUUCAUACACUUUACUACAUUGAAAAUAUAUAGAAUACAACAUGGAAUCCUUGAAUAAAAUAUGACUAGCUCUUUAAAAAAAUGCAUAAUAAUCAUGACUUUAAUUCACCAAGCAAAAAAACGUUGGAGAACAGCAAUCAUCAGUAAAAAAUGCAGUAAAAGUGUGUAUGUAACAAUGCUAAUGACAAAGAAACGCAUACAGUGGCCCCCAAAAUUAUUUGAAUACUUCAGGCACACUUAUAAAUGCAUGAAUUCAUUUGAAAUAUAAAUAAAAUAUAGCAAACAGAUCACUUUUGCAUGUACUUAAAUGUGUUAAGGUGAUUUUAAUAAAGCCAGUUUCACUUAGGUUCACACAGCUCACAGGUCUGUUAACUAUAGACAAGAUCCAAUAAUGUUUGUGACAAGUUCACCAGCUCUGUUCUCCAUUUCCCAGAAUCCUCCCUGGCUCACACCUGUUCUCAGUACACGAUCACCAUCACCUGGAGUCUAAUCCCCCGCACCUGUCACCACUCAUCAAGCACACUAUAUCCUUGCACUCCUCCCGCACUGUCAUCGUCUGUUCCCGAAUAUUGUAUGUGUAUUUACCGGAAUUGUCUACCUGUUAGUUGCACCUGUGUUCCACUCCUAGUUCUCCACUGUCUCCACACUCCAUCGCUCCAUUUGGAUC